ACGCUAGAUUACCCGCAGUGUAGUGUUCAUGUAAAGGGAGCAAGAGUGUAUUUAGUAACCAGCUGAAUGAGAGGAAGCGUGUUUGUUUUUCACUGUUUCAGCGUUAGACAUUUUUAAUUUUUUUGGUGAAACUUAGUUUAAUUACGUUUUUUUUCACGCAGUCAUGCAGCGUUGUGUAGUUUGCAGCGAGCAGAUUUCCAAAUAUAGAUGUCCUGUGUGCAGAAUAAGAUACUGUUCUGUAGGAUGUUUUAAGAAACACAAAGGUGAUGACUCAUGCCAGCCAGUGCAAGAUGCCGCACCUCCUGCACCCGCACCGUGUCUGGAUUCCUGUUCGAGUGGGGCAGAGCCAUGGAUGGUUGAUGACCUUCUGGAUGAGGACAGUCAGUCUGACCGAGUUCCUGUGCAGCAACUUCAGCUUUUAGGUGAAUCUAAGGAUCUGAAGACUCUGCUGCAGAACCCACACCUGAGAAAUCUGAUGCUGUCUGUCUAUUCAGCUCGGGAUAAAGACAAAGCCAUGAAGAACGCCAUGCAGGAGCCAUUGUUUGUAGAGCUCGCCAACCAGUGCUUACAGAUUGUUGAGCCAACAGAAGUACAAGAUGAUAAUGACGAUGAUUAGGAAAGUAAUUAGUAUGAGUAAGGACAUUAACUCAGGCUAGUGCUUGAAGAAGAACACGAUAUGUUUACAGACUGAUUUCUAGGAUUGUUAAAGGACAAAAGAUGGAAUAUACUUCAUUCUACUCUUCACUGGAUUCCAGUAGUUUAAGACUUAAAACUCCCUUGCAGAUGGUGUUUAACAGUAAGAGUAAGUUCAAAUCAAACCAGGGCUUGUGAUGACUGUUUUCAUGAAUAAAGGCAUGAAACUGAUUCACAUUUAUAGAAAACUUGCCAACGUUUUAAAGAAGGUUAUAUAGUGUUUCUUUAAAUAUAAAUUUGUAAGGUCCACUUACCAAAUUUCCAUUCAGUCCGAGGUCUGGAAAAGUGACAGUCCAAUUCCAAAUAGAGAACUACAAAAAAAGGCAAACCCAAAACUUUCUAACUGUAUAGAAAAAUUACAUGGUAUGCCUUUUAGUGUGAAAGGUGACACCUUCUUUGUGCCACCAGUUGUUUUGUAUUUGGGAUCAGAUGCAGACCUGUGUCCGCCUAUUGAGUACCCCAGCUAUACACCGUGAACGACACACUGCAGGCGUUCCCUUGAACAUUCUUCAAAUAAAAAAACCUGAUCCUAAAAAAUUGAUGGAGAACUUGUUGCUAACUUGAAGAAGAGUUAUCUAUCUACUAUCUAAAGUUACUUUGUGGUUACCGGUUUGAUUAUUCUCCAUAUACUAUAACAUAUACUGCAACCAAAUAAAAUGUAAUUUAAAAAAGACCAACAUACCUGUAAAUAAAGAACUGCUUGGUUAUAAAAAUGAAACAAACUCACAAAUCCAACAUAUCAAAUUUAUUAGCUUAUUUAUAAUCUUAAAAAGAAACCGGUCAUAAUUGUACUAAAUCUCAAAAAUGUUACAUUAACAUUGUAUGUAUAUAUAUAUAAAUAUAUUUUAACAUGUGGACCUGAAAGAAAAAGAAAAAAAAACUCAGCAAGUCAAAACAGUAAAAUAGACAGAAAUCAUUUCCUGGUUAAAUCAUAAAUUGUCUGUGCAACGAGCUUUAAAUAAAUCAGAAACGUUCCGUACCAAGUACACAGUACUAAACAGUACAAAGACGUUCCAGGUAAUGUGUUCUGUCUGUUUCUCCAAGAUCUAAAUCCUAAAUGAAAACCAUAAUUUGAUCAUGAACUAAUUUAAAUAAAGAAAUGUUUAUUUCUGAUAUGCUUUGAA